AUGGAUUCCCCCAAAUAUGUCAACUUUGACAUUUCCGAGGUGGCUUAUAAAGUCGUGAAUAAGACUAAUAUCUCGGCGUUUGUCUUGGUGCCCAAGGGCAUCUCCGAGGGCAAAUAUCCCAUUAUCGCCAAGUUCCAUGGCGGUUUCUUCGUGACUGGCGCAAGUUUAUACCCAGACUGGUUCCCCGAUUGGGCAUUAGACUACGCCUUUAAACAAUCAGCCAUAAUAGUCUGCGCCGAUUACCGUCUAAUACCCGAAUCCACCGGCCUCGAUAUCCUGGAAGACUUAAAAGAUUUCUGGGCAUGGGCGCGAGGCGGCGGGCUGGAGAGGCACUUAUCCCAGGUCAAAGCUGGUAUUAAUGCAGAUCUGACAAAGGUCAUCGCAUACGGCGAAAGCGCGGGCGGAAGCCUUGCCAUCCAGUCCGGGUUUAUCCUACCUCAUGGAUUCAUAAAGGCAAUCAUAGCAACCUAUCCCUUCAUCGACAUUGGCAGAAAGCGGACGGUGUCAAUCAUGGGAGCUCCCACAAUACCGCCCGUUGUCCUGGACGGGUUUUUGGCGGCCAUUGAGCCGGGGAAGAUAGUGACAUCUGCGAAUCCACCGGAGAGGAUGCCGAUUGUGUUAUCGAUAGCUCAACAGGAUCGGUUUGCUGAAUUCUAUGGGGCAGAUGAGAAGUUGGCCCUGCGGAAGGUUUUGGAGACCGUGGAUGAUAUGCCGCAUCUGUUGAUUAUACAUGGAAAGGAAGAUUCGGCGGUGCCGGUGGAGGGGAGCGUCGAGUUCGCAGAUGCUGUGAGGGGGAAGUUUGGGGCAGGGAAGAUUGAUCUCCGUGUGGAGCCCGGCGAGCAUGGUUUCGAUGGGAGUGCCACUUUGGAGAUGCCGUGGUUGAAGGAUGGCCUAAGUAGGGUGACAGAACUGUGGUUGAAUUAG